UAUCCUGUGUGCGGUCGCUCAUUUUCUCUCUCGCUCGCUCUCAGAAUGUUACUCAUGGCAGUGUGUUGCUGAGCAGCAGCCAGUUGUGUUUCUCCUCUCUCUGAGCUGACGCUCGUUCUCUCAUCCUUUGCUCCGCAGCCAGACCAGGCACCAUCUCUUCUUCCAGAUAGUCUUCUUUAAGUUUUUGUAUUUUUUAUUUUAUUUUUUUAUUCUCCCCGCCCCAUCAUUGUGGAACACUUGUGGAAGUAUUUGACCCUGUGGUUGUGUGUGUGAGAGUGUACGCGUGCUCAGUGGGUUUUCAGCAUGGAAGCGGUGGCACUGUAUACAUUUCGUGCCACAGAAGGCGAUGAACUCAGUUUCAACAAAGGAGAGUUAUUAAAGAUCACCAACAUGGAGGAUGAUCCCAACUGGUACACGGCCGAGCUCCACAACAGAAAAGGCUUUGUGCCAAAGAACUAUAUCAACCUGCGGCCACACGCGUGGUUUGCAGGUCGGAUAUCUCGCGGGGUAGCAGAAAGUCGCCUGAGACACAGGGAAUGUGGAGCAUUUUUGGUCCGAGAGAGCGAAAGUGCUCCUGGGGAGUUUUCCAUGUCGGUCAGUUAUGGGGACCACGUCCAACACUUCAAGGUGCUGCAGGACCGUUGUAGUCAGUACUACGUAUGGGAUGAGCUCUUCUCCUCCCUGAACGAGCUUGUGGAGUUCUAUCAUAGCAACAGCAUCGCGAAGGAGAGGACCGUCUUUCUGCGAGACCCCGAACACUUUGCAAGACGUCCUCACCACGCCCACGCCAUCUUCGACUUCAACCCUCACCACCCCUCGCAGCUACGCUUCCUGCGGGGAGACGUCAUCGAGCUCAUUGACUGCUCCGACACACUGCGCUGGAGGGGCCGUUGCCAUGGACACGUGGGCUACUUCCCCCCGGAGUAUGUCCAGCCUGUUUACCACUGCCAGUGAGCCCACACACUUCCACCGCUCUUGGAGCAGAUGGCAUGCCGAGUGAUGAGUGACGAAAUCAUAAAAUAAAUAAAUAAAUAAAUGGAAAAUAACUCCCGUUUACCACAUCCUGGGCAAAACGUCUGCCUAAUAAUCAGCUGUGACUGGCACAUCAGCUACUCCAGCCCGCAAUCUCCACCAACCUAGAAAUGUUACAUCAGUGGCACCAUCCGUGAUGGAAAACUCACAAUCAAACACUUGCUGGCCUAAUCAUUGAAAAUCAUUAGGAUUUGUCGAAUUGAACCAAAAGGAUGAUGCAACCAGUUUGUUCAGAGGAACCCGGCAGAGGAAUCAACCCUCCCACUCAUCAAUUUGUUGUCAAAUUGAGGGACACAAGUGUCAUUAUGUUUUGAAUAUUUGGACCGAGUGGUCUGAAAAUAGACGGCACACUUCUACGGAGCAGGACGCGGCAUUCUGUGUCGACAGGAUUGGCCGUGCACAAAUGAAAAUUGGAACGCAAGUGUUUGGUGCGAUCAUGUAGGCAGCCCUUUAACUCUAUGGACCAGGCCAAUGCCACGCAUUUAGGAGAAUUUUGUACAAAGGUCAUCCUAGCUACUAGAUCAUUACAGUCCUAAUCGUAACCACUUUGACCGAAUGCCAAAACAUUCCGGUACCAUUUCGGCACAGCGCAUCCACCAUGUUUGUGGAAAACACUGAAUGCUGAAAAACGUUCCAUGAGACUUGCCAGUCGGACUGUUCACACUCAAACUAGAUCCAAUCAUCGAUAUGUGUAUUCGCUGCUUGAGAUGACUGCUCAACAUUAUUCGACUCCGUGCUUUUAAGUUGUAGAAGGAAGUCAUGUCAUUGCAGUUUGCAAAAGAAAUAAAAGGCUGUUUUUAAAACAGGCA